UUUGGACAGCUACUAAAUAAUAGCCUGGACUAUAAUAGGGCGCGUACAUUUGGUGCGGCUGAAAGUCACUCGUGGACUGCAGAGCAAGAACCACUCCACCAGCUAUGAAGGUCCGCUCGUCCGUGAAGCGCAUGUGCGAUGGCUGCAAGGUCGUCCGCCGACGAAGGAAAGUGUACGUGAUCUGUGACCGCAGCCCCAAGCACAAGCAGCGCCAGGGCUUCCACACUAGCGCGCUGUCUGCCGCGCCGCAGGAGACUGUUGUUACCGCUGCCGCCUCGCCCAACGCCAGCUUCCAGGCUACGCUCAAGCAGCUGCAGUUCCCUGGCCUCGCUCCCUUCAAGGCCUUUCGCAACGCUGCUAUCCAGAUCCCCAAGCUCUGCUAGACGACGGAAGCAUUGAAUGUGGCGGGCGGAUAUAGCAUAGGAAAGAGAGGCGUUGCUGUUGGCCCGUUGCUCGCAACUUAAGGCAUAACUCAAGAUAAUCACAUUGCGCUGUGUCAGUUUAUAGUUGCUGCGCUACAUACAUGCAAGC